CGAAUGGACGUCUUCCAGGACGACAAGGGAGACGAGGUGCAUGUGUGGCCUCCCUGCUAUCUCGCCUCCACGCUUGCGUGGCUGUACUGGAGAGAAGCGACAAGAGACAAGCUUGGGAUGCCGUUCAGCGAAGGGCUCUAUGCUAUGCAGGAUUUCCUCAAGGAGCUCGCCACUGCAAAGGACGAGUCGGGAGAGCAGUGGGGGGCUCCCUGUCGGGCAGCCGUCACUCUGCGCAUGCUGCAAAGCGACUUGCUUCAGAGGAACGAUACUGAACUGGAGGACAUCCCCCCUAUGCCAGCCGAGCUCUCGCAGCUUGUGCCGCCUGCCGUCUUCGCAGCCCCUGGGAGGUCCCGUGGCUGUCAGUUCGGCGGAUGUAUCGUCAAUGAUAGCUGGACAGGCACUAUGACUCUUGCCGAGUGGCUGGAAGUUGGCGUCUCCCACGAGUUCACUCUGUUCCCCUCCCUCAAGAGCGGCACCACUGCCUUCCUGCUGCAGCCCGGUUUGGACCGCUUUUAUGAGUUCGACUUCUUUAUUGUCGUCACGAAGGAUGGCAAACUGGACGACGUGUGGGCCUACCAGUGUCGGCGCGGGGCGGAAGCACCACCAGAAGAGACGGGGACUGAGGGCAUGCCAUUUGACCUCUCUGCAGCCAGCAAUUCUUUCCCUCUCCCUUCGCCUGCACCCAGCGGGAGCGGCUUGCUGGGGGAACUUCGGCGGCGACUCCAGUCUGCCUUCGCCCCUCCCCCGGCAUCCCCAGUCACGAUGAAGUGUGUCUACCUUAGAAAGAGGUCUGACGACAAGGGAGAAACACGAGUCAUCGUCGGCAAGGGCAGGGGGAUCAAGUGGAUCGUUCCAUCGCAGAGUGACCUGCAGCUGCUGAGUGGUUCGUCAUUGGCAGCAACGUGUCCUUUUGAUCUGUUGAGCGAGCCGCUGGACACAUGGAUACGGAGGGAAGAGGGGUUGGAUGGCAGGUAGUGCAGUCACUCGCUGCACGCAUUCUGCUCUUCUCGAUGUACCCUGCCGCCCGUUUAGGUGAAGGUGUCUGUAUGCAGCGAUGAUGUGUCUUAUAGUGAUGUGUGUAUGUUUCAAACUGUGAAGGCUGUGACAGUUGUGUGUGAAGAAGACACUGACAUUACUUCUUUCUGUGGCAGGGCGCAGAUAGAAUGGAUGACUUGUAUGGAUCAAUAUGCGCGA